GCAGCGCUGUGAUUGGCCGGCGCCGCGCGGUUGCUAUGGUUACCUUGCGGGGUGGGCGCUGUACGGCCGGAAGCGCGGUCCCGGAAGUGGAGCUAUGGCGGUGGCGGCCGCAGUGCUGCUGCUGAUGGCGGCGGCGGCGGGAGGCGACGACUCGGACUGGGUGCGGCUGCCCAGCAAGUGUGAGGUGUGCAAGUACGUGGCAGUGGAACUGAAAUCUGCUUUCGAGGAGACGGGCAAGACCAAGGAGGUGAUUGACACCAAGUAUGGCUUCCUGGACGGGAAGGGCUCUGCCGUCAAGUACACACAAUCGGACAUCCGGUUAAUCGAGGUGACAGAGAACAUCUGCAAGCGGCUCUUGGAUUACAACCUGCACAAGGAGCGGAGCGGCAGCAACAGGUUCGCAAAGGGCAUGUCAGAGACCUUCGAGACCCUGCACAACCUGGUGCACAAGGGCGUCAAGGUGGUGAUGGACAUCCCCUAUGAGCUGUGGAACGAGACCUCCGCUGAGGUGGCUGACCUCAAAAAGCAGUGUGAUGUGCUGGUGGAAGAGUACGAAGACGUGAUCGAGGACUGGUACAGGCACCACCAGGCAGAGGACCUUUCCCAGUUCCUUUGUGCCAACCACGUGUUGAAAGGGAAGGACACAAGCUGCCUGGCAGAGAAGUGGACUGGCAAGAAGGGUGACUUGGCAAGCGUGGGGGAGAGGCAGAGCAAGAAAAAGAGUGGGAAGAAGAAGAAGAAGGGCCGGAAGGAUGAGAGCGAGGGAGCUGAGAGCCUCCCACCCGCAGGGGAGGCCCUGGAGGAGAGCGGGGUGCAGGAGGAGGCUCCCCUGACCCACAGCCCAGCCGACGAGCUGUAGGGAUGCAGCCGCAGCCCGAUGCUGCAGCCCCAGCCGCUGGGGCUGCCUGCUCCAAGGCCUCACCGAAGGAGAAGGGACUCGAGUCACGGCGUGAGCCACCCUGGCCCGGCCGGGUGCGGCCCCGUGAGAAGCCGCGCACCCAGCCCCGCUGCCUCCUGGGCCUCCGGCUGCCCCGGGCCCGGCUGCCCUCCCUGCCGGGACUGUAAAUAAAGACGUUUUUGUGCGCCCCGGA